CACAAGUUCGGGGGGGAAAGGGGUGGACUGUGCGCAUGCGCAACAGUUGCCAUGGCGCAGCCGAGUCCUGCGGAGGGAAGUGUUUUUUCAACUUAAAAGUCAACGUUUUUUCCCCUACCGCAGUCCAAGGACGUCACAAGUAAAUCACCUUUGUUCUCAGCUUCUUUCCAAGCAGUUUCAAGUUAGCAGCAUGUAGCUUGACGUCACGUUGGCUCCGACAAUGAAAACGUCGCUGGAACUCGGCGUCUGCGUCGUUUUGACCGAUGUUCGGGGGCAAGAGUAAAGGUUUCUAGAUGAACUGCCUCAGUGGGCAGAUAAGGCGCACAGCCCCAAUGCGUGCAGGUGGCAGCCGAAACGAGCUAGUUCCCUCCAAAACCCCGCGAGUGAACGGCUGGACACAGCCCCCUCAAUUCUUUCAAAUAACGGCCUGGCUGGUGUACAACUACCUCGUGAUCGUCAGCUUCGGCAUCUUCAUCCCUCUCCUUCCUCCGCCUUGGAACCAUGUGUUGUAUGCUCUGUCGGGUUUGGCCUUCAUGGUGCACUUGGUCAGCCACGUUGCCGCAGUGACCAUAGAUCCAGCUGAUGUUAGCGUCAGGGCAAAAAAGUGUUAUGCUGGUCCCAUGCCACUUUUUGACCGCACAGUGCAGCGUCACGUCAUCCAGGACCUGCACUGUUACCUCUGUGAUGUCAGGGUUGGCCCCAAAGUGAAACACUGCAGCGUUUGCAACAAAUGUGUGUCGGAUUUUGAUCACCAUUGCAAAUGGCUGAAUAACUGUGUGGGAGGCAGAAACUACAGGUGCUUCUUCAUAGCCGUGUCCUCAGCAACAGUUGGUGUGGCUUUGCUCCUGGUUGUCAUCUUGUUUAUAUUCAUCCAACACUACUUAGAUCCAAACAUCCUACGGACCGCGCCGCAAUUCCACGGUGUGCUGGGAAAUGAGACCUGGCUGGUGUUUUUACCGUCAGCCCCCGUAAAGACAAGUUCAGCCGGUCUCCUUAUAGUGGCCUUCAUAACGGCCAUGCUAAACCUAACGUGCCUACUAUUACUUUGUCAUCUUCUCUGUUUUCAUUUCUACCUCUUUUCUAAAGGCCUCAGCACAUAUGAAUACAUAAAGCUGCAGCGCCAAAAAGAAGCCAGAAGCCAGGAAGUCGAAGUGGGAAAUGCACAUAACGCACACGUAAACAACAAUGUCCCACAGAAUCUACAGAGCUCCAUGGACUGUGAGCCAGCCUUAACUCAUGGUGCAAGUACCUGCAGGUCUGGUGAUGAUAAAGGACCAAUUAGCGGCCGACUGUCUGAGCCCAUCUGCAAAGAGGUGGAUAACUUUAAGAAAACACCAGAAAAGGAAACUAGUUUUCAUUGUGAAACACAGAAUUCUGCAGCGAAAGCAAGAGAUCGAGUGCUGAGCACAAUCAGAAGCUGGAAGCCCGACGCCGGAGAAGACGUUCAGAGUGACAGCGUGAAGUCUGUGGACAGCAUUCCGCAGGUGCAAGACCCUCUGGGAAGCUCAGUGAUGGCUCGAGAUAAUACGUAGCAGUCAGCAGUCACAGCACCAGGAUUCGGUCAUGUUCUCAGGGACUAUAGGGAUUUACUUUGCUCAGUAACAGCAAUGAAGCCAUUAUUUUUCACAUUCUUAUCAACUUUUUAUGUUGAGUGACUUCAACCAUUUAGUCGUUUGAAUGUUAUCUUCUGUGCCACUAAUCUUAGCCAAGUACUGUAGAUGCUUUUUGGCAUCGCUUUUAUUUAUUUUCCAAACAAAAAUAUUUUCCAAGUACAGACUAGUAACACUUAAAUCAUGUAAUUGUAUUUGUGCAACAACAACCUUGUACGGUAAAAUACAUUCAUCCUCUUGAGCAGAUUCUACUAUCAGUUAUCUUUGCUGAUGAAUUGUAACACGGUCCUUUCAUUUCAGAGUAAAGAAUAACACUUGUUUUCUGUUCAUUACUUUUUUUCUGCUUGAACCUACGUGACCUAACUUUAAAAAGACGUACAGUUGGAAGAAUGUAUUUUGGGGACCAAACCCAAGCGCACACUUUUUUUUAUAAACCCUUGCAAACUAAUUUCAGUAGCAAUGCACCCUUGCAGGAAAAAAAGGUUUGAUAUCUUUCUGCAUGCUUUGACUGGGUAGAGAAGCGCCAUCUGGUGGGCAAAUAUACAAUUUAUACACUGACAUCCAGUAGCCCAAACGACAAGCUUGACCCACAAUUUUUUUGUCCUUUCAGAAUUAUUUUUGCUGUAUUUUGGACAUAAUUGGUGAUGUGUUUCUCCAUUAUGCAAGAUUUUUCCUAAAACUUUAUUUUCAUGUUAUAUUUAUUACAUUUCAAUGUCCAAUUUUUUUACAGUUGUACAAUACAGUGGCAGUUAUUCAACAUUAUUACAUGGCCAAACCGCACUAAAAUAAUAAA